AUGCCGUCAAUUCGUUAUUAUGUCGUUGCAAAGGAGUGUCGUAGUGCGUCGUUAAACCCGGUUGCCGAGGGACCAGUGCUUGGCGAUUGCCCGGAGCUGGCGGAGGUUUCGGAAGAGCCCGAGGCCGACGAGGUACCUGACGUCUGGGUUGCUGAGGCCGAAGUCACAGACGCUGAACCUGAGGUAGCUGAUGAUGUAGAGGCAGACUCUGAAGCUGAGGGCGAGCUUGAGGGAGAGGUGGACUCUGGAGCCGAGGACGAACUCGAGCGAGAGGAGCUACCCGACGGUGAGAUGAUGCUGGUGGAUUGA